UGUGUGCCACGUCAUCGAUUGACUGAUUGUUCUAACAUCUGUUGGUGAGAUGAUAGUUCAAAUACAUAUCCAGUUGGUGUAAAAUAUGGCAUGCUUCAGCAACGCCUGGGCAGAGGAACGCGCCCAAACCUUAUAGUUAGUUCCACAAUGCCAUAAAGAUGCAGAGUAGACUUUAGACUGAAGAAGAUCUAACACUACCAACUAUGCGAAAAAGCCAUUAGUAUCCUAAAUAUUCUGUUGUGCAUCUGUUACGCCUGGGGAGUAUCCAUAUAAGGAAAAACCUUAUUGGCAAAUACGGUUCAACUUUCACAAAGUCCUGCUGAAAAGCCGCUUCUAUUUCAUGUCGAGAGCGCGCAAAGGGUGAUGGUGCGCGUUCCACUCAGUCAAUUGCAUGUGUAAUCAUUUCGGCCGACACUGAAGAUGGCGAUGAGAGUAGCGUUCCGGUGCCUUACUGCAAACUUUUCCCCAGUACUGAUUCAGCGUUCUCGACCUGUACAGAUAUCCGCAAGUCGGCUCUUAUGGAAGGCCAACCCCGCACAGUCACUGAGCACAGCCUCACGACUGUCCACAGCCCUGAAAUUCACAGACAAGCAUGAGUGGGUGCGAGUAGAGGGAGGAAUUGGCACUGUUGGCAUCAGCAAAUUUGCUCAGGAAGCAUUAGGUGAUGUGGUAUAUUGUGGACUCCCUGAGGUGGGGCAAAAACUUGAACAAAUGGAGGAGUUUGGUGCUUUGGAAAGUGUGAAGGCUGCUAGUGAGCUGUACUCUCCGCUGACUGGAGAGGUAACUGAAAUCAACACAGAGCUGGCAGUCAACCCUGGACUAGUGAAUAAAUCCUGCUACGAAGUGGGCUGGCUAAUUAAGAUGACUAUUGACAACCCUGCAGAACUUGAUGGCCUCAUGGACGAUUGCUCUUAUGAGAAAUUUAUCAAAUCACUUGAUGAGUAGACUGCUCGACUCUCCAUGUUCUUUUUUUAAAAUGUUCUUUUUAAUGAUGAUUACAGGUCUUUCACACUAAUCCUAUCUGGACUGGCUGUAAAAUCUCAGCUAAAAAUAUUAUAUAAAGUAGCCAUAUUUAUUUUGACUAAUUGUUUGAUAACCUAAAUGAUAAUUAAAAAUGCUCACCUAGGUGCUUUUGCUGAUUAAACCACAAGACAACCUGAAGGGUUUGUUCCCAUGUUCUGUUGGCACAAUGAUAAAUCCUGUUGGCACAAUGAUAAAUCCUGUUGGCACAAUGAUAAAUCCUGUUGGCACAAUGAUAAAUCCUGUUGGCACAAUGAUAAAUCCUGUUGGCA